CUGGAGUACGUCACCGUGAGUCAGAUAACCACAAGGAACCGAAGAAAACUUGCGAUUUCCUCUCUGUCACGAUGGUCAGAAGAAGUGCGAGGAAGAACCAGCUCUGAAAAACUCUUGCAAAUCUCUAACCGGAGGGCGACGUGGCAAAAAUCGACGGAAAAAGGGCUGGCUUGCCCGGAGGAUCUCCCUUCCGGCGAUAAGUGAUUCUCUCGCUUUUUCCCCCUGACUUGAAUUAGCUCCGGCCGCCCGAUCUUCUUUCUGGUCUACGGCUUCGCUGUUUCGGCGACUCGGUUUAGGGAUUUCAGUCUGGAGCUCUGCGCCUGGGCAGUUACUGGACGAAUUGGUAGGGGAGCUGGUUAAUCGUUUGUCUCGGUGUCAAGUUAGAGCUUUAUCGAGAUGGAUUUGGUUUCUGGAUACAAGGGUAUGGUUGGGCUUGUUUUUGGCAACGAGAAUUCGUCUUCAAAUGAAGAUAGCUAUGUGCAACGGUUGCUGGACCGAAUCAGCACUGGUUCAUUGGCAGAGGAUAGGAGAUCAGCCCUGAUUGAGCUUCAAUCAGUUGUGGUAGAAAGCCGUGCUGCACAGCUAGCAUUUGGGGCUAUGGGAUUUCCUGUUUUGAUGGGCGUCUUAAAGGAUGAGAGAGAUGAUGUUGAAAUGAUUCGAGGUGCCCUCGAAACUAUUGUAGGAGCGUUGACUCCUCUAGAGCAAUCAAAAGGAAAGAAUGAGGUCCAACCAGCACUAAUGAAUACGGAUAUGCUCUCACAUGAAGCUGAAAACAUAUCCUUGCUUCUGAGUUUAUUGUCAGAAGAGGAUUUCUAUAUACGUUAUUACACUCUUCAAAUCUUGACAGCUCUUCUAAUGAAUUCUCCGAAUAGGUUACAGGAAGCAAUUUUGACCAUUCCUCGGGGCAUCACUCGACUUAUGGACAUGUUGAUGGACCGAGAGGUUAUACGAAAUGAGGCUUUGCUGCUUCUUACUUACCUGACUCGUGAAGCUGAGGAGAUUCAAAAAAUUGUGGUCUUUGAAGGUGCGUUUGAUAAGAUUUUUAGUAUUAUUAAAGAGGAAGGAGGCUCUGAAGGUGGUGUUGUUGUACAGGACUGUCUGGAAUUAUUAAACAACCUUCUGCGAAACAAUACUUCGAAUCAGAUACUGCUGAGAGAGACCAUGGGAUUUGAUGGUUUAAUUUCAAUGUUGAGGCUGAGAGGGCGUGCCUACAGCUUCACCCAACAGAAGACAAUUAAUCUACUAAGUGUUCUUGGGACAAUUAAUUUGCUAUUGGUGGGAGGUUCUGAAGCUGAUGCGGGAAAAGAUGCAAAUAAGCUGACAAAUAAAACUGUCCUGGUUCAGAAAAAGGUUCUUGAUUAUCUCUUACUGUUGGGUGUGGAAAACCAAUGGGCUCCAGUUGCUGUCCGUUGUGCUGCAUUGAGGUGCAUAGGUGACUUGAUCGCUGGGCAUCGAGGGAAUCUAGAUGCUCUUGCUAGCAAAGUUCUAGGGGAGAAUCACCAAGUUGAACCUGCUCUGAAUUCUAUUCUCCGAAUCAUUUUGCGGGCGUCCAGCAUGCAGGAGUUCAUUGCAGCUGACCAUAUUUUUGAAAGAUUUUGUGAGGGGAAUUGUGAUGGUCAAUCAAUGUUAGCUUCAACAUUAAUCCCUCAGCCAUAUUCAAUGACUCAUGCUUCCAUUGACGAGGAUGUGAACAUGUCAUUUGGCAGUAUGGUUUUGCAUGGUCUUACUUCGAGUGAAACUGAUGGCGAUCUCGAUACUUGUUGCAGGGCUGCUAGUGUCCUGUCAUAUGUACUCAAGGACAACAUGCAGUGCAAGGAAAGGGUUCUAAGGAUAGAACUCGAGUCAUCCUCAGGAGCCUUGGGACAUUCAGAGCCAUUGAUGCACCUGAUGGUGAAAUAUUUAGCUCUUGCAUCAGGAACGAAACACAAAGAAAGCAAAUCGAACACAUCAGGGAAUUCAUACAUUCAACCAAUCAUCUUGAAGCUGCUUGUCACUUGGCUUUCUGAUUGCCCGCCAGCAGUCAAUUACUUCCUCGAUCUCCGCCCUCACUUAUCAUAUCUGCUCGAGCUGGUCUCAGAUCAGUCCGCAACUGUAUCCACAAGAGGCUUAGCAGCAAUUCUCCUGGGAGAGUGUGUUAUCUACAAUAAGUCUAGUGAAUCUGGAAAAGAUUCUUAUGCUGUCGUCGACGCCAUAAGCCAGAAGGUUGGGCUGACGUCAUACUUCCUAAAGUUUGACGAAAUGAAGAAGAGCUUUCUUUUCUCCGCCGAAAAAUCCACCGUACCUUCUCAUAAACCAUUAUCGAGAUCAGCCGCUGCUAGUAUGGCAGAGAUUGAAGAUGUUGAUGAGCAGCUAUCAUCCGAUCAGAAGGGCGAGGAUCAUCCAAUUCUCUCGUCAAUGUUCGAUUCUGGUUUUGUCAACUUUGUAAAGAGAUUGGAAUCUGAGAUUCGUGAGAACAUCGUUAACAUCUACAGUCUGCCAAAGACCGAGGUGGCAGUUGUGCCGGCAGAUAUGGAGCAGAAGACUGGAGAAUCUGACAAGGAGUAUAUCAGACGGCUGAAGUCAUUCGUGGAGAAACAAUGCUCUGAGAUACAGGAUCUUCUUGGACGGAAUGCAACAUUGGCUGAGGAUCUGGUGAAGAUAGGUGGGGGCGAGUCAUCUUACUCUGACCAAAGAGCUACCACAGGAUCCGAAAGGGUACAGACUGAAACUCUCCGACGAGAUCUCAAGGAAGCACACCAAAGGAUUGAGAUGCUGAAGAAUGAAAACACGAAGCUUGAAUCAGAAGCAUCAAUGUACCAGAACUUAGCCGGCAAAGUGGAGUCUGACCUUAAGAGCCUCUCCGACGCUUACAACAGCCUCGAACAGGCCAACUUCCAGCUCGAGAAGGAGGUGAAGGCUCUAAGAACCAGCGGCGGCAGAGGAGGAGGUGUUUCCGCAGUAGAUGUAGAGGCAGCAAAGGCUGAGGCGAGAGAGGAAGCUCUGAAGGAGAGCGAAGGGGAGCUGAACGAUCUGCUGGUGUGCCUGGGCCAGGAGCAGAGCAAGGUGGACAAACUCAGCUCGAGGUUGAUGGAGCUUGGUGAGGACGUCGAUACACUGCUGGAAGGAAUCGGCGAUGACGUGGGAUUGCCAGAAGGUGGUGAAGAUGACGAUGAGGAAGAUGCUGACUGAUAAGGGAUGUUUCGCUUUCAGUUUCUUUUUCCCUCCAGUUUUUGUUAGUGUCGUUGUGUCGUUGCUAUGUGUCCGUAUAACUUAAUUUGCUGACUGAAAAUGUGAUGAUUGGGGUACUGUACGCUGCUGCCUCUAUUGGGUUGAAUUGUACAGUUUUUCUUACAUCAUUUUCUUCAUGAGCUCUGCUGAAGUUAUUAACUAUUAUUGUCUGUUGUUUUUUCCUGUCAAACAUGGUUGCCAAUACUUUGAUAGGCUUUGAUUAUGUGCAACCGAAGUCAUGCUUUGCAGCAGAAGUGGCUUAAGGGGUGGACCUUGUUGUCGUUGACUGAUUGUGAGAUUCAGGAUAGAGUUGGAUGAGAUCGAACUCUCUGGCUAAUAUAAUAAUAAUCUGUGUAUUUAUGUGAAGAUAUUCCGUGAAAGGUAGAUAGAUGUUGAUGGUGAUGUCUACAAGGAUAAGCUGGAUAGAGAUGACAACCUGCCAGGUGAAGUGGGGAGAAUGUUAUAUUAAUUAAGCUAAGUGGCCACUUGGAUUAGAUUGUCACAAUGGACGGAUUUAAGCCGAUCCUUUGCUUAAAUGGGUGAUGUUGAGGAUGCGAUUUCUUUUCUACUUUUAUGAAUAGGGCUUCAUGGUCGAAGUUGAAGACAAACUUUUGUCAUUGUGCAAGUCCAAAUAUGGAAUCAUGAUGGCAGGCUCAGGCAGGUGAUUAAAGGCAUAAUGAACAA